UGAUACAGGUGUGUGUAUUCUAAAAUAAACUAGUCAGUCGAGUCACAAUCUAGAUCGCCUUCAGAGAAGAGACUUCCAUCCGCAGUCAAAACACACACACUUCAAGCAUUAAAUCACAGAAAGCAAUGAAAACAGCGCAGUCUUGGACUUGUUUAAUAUUGGUGUGGAUUAUUGCUGAGACAACUGGGAAAACUCCAGAUGUUCAUGUGACCUGCACGUUUUCAGAAGACUGUGUCCUCCCCUGUGUCUUUGAAGCAGUUGGAGAUGAGACAAUCUACUGGUUCAAACAAAACGUCCUGAUCCACACUUACAACCUGGAGAGCGGGCUGUCAGAUCAACACAAGAGCAAGACGUCAUUAUUUACUGAUACGAUCUCCUCUGGUAAUGCAUCUCUUCAUGUGCCAAAAAGUGGCCCGCAGGAUAGAGGGAAGUACAGGUGUGUGGUGAGCAGUCGAGAACCCAGCGAGCACAUCAUCAUAGUCACGGUGGAAGCCCCGAUCACUUCAGUGAGUCUGGAGACGACAGGUCUCAGUGGCUUUGAGGAAGUCAAAUGCUCCAGCCGAAACAUCUACCCUGCCCCCCGUAUUACCUUGUUCACAGAGCCAACUGCUCAGCCGGACGCCCUUCACCCCUACACACGCAAAACUGCAGACCCACGAGGCCUGUACACGGUGGAGAGCAAACUCCUGAAGCUGGAGGACCUGACCUACAUCUGCCUCAUCCAAUCCUUCUACAGGUCUCAGACAUGGAGGACAUCACUGCAGGAGAAAGAAAUAUUCAGCAAGGAAGGACAGGACUUCAUCUUACCUUGUGUGGCCCCAUGGAGCCUGCAGAACUUCACAGUGACGUGGUCCUUCACCAGAGAAUACAAGUCCACAUCCUUCUUCACCUACGACAGUCUCACACAGCUGAGCUCCAGUGUUUGGCAGAAGAAGGUGCGGCUGGUGACCCCCGGGGGUGAAGGUGGAGACGGGUCACUGUGGCUCCAGAGCCCGCAGAGACUGGAGCACACGGGGACAUACACCUGCAUCAUCUCUGCUCCACAAACUAAACAUCAGGUCCAAAUUAGGCUCAACAUCAUUCCAAUGACCGAAAAAAGACUAUCCAAGAGCGCCACCAAGUGGUGGGUUCCUACUGUCAUUACAGGACUGGCAGUCACUGCACUUGCAGCUAUCAUCACAGGAAUUAUUAAAUCUAAAGCUGGCUGUUCAAAGUCCAGUCAAAGCCAUGUGGAGGCUGCAGAAAUGCAAGUCAGAGCGAACACCGUGACUGAAGCUGAGGACAUCUGCUUAAAAGAACAGAUCACAAACGGACAUACAUGAGAAUUAAUGGGUGGAAAUGUGUUACAGCAACAUGCUGUAUAUGGGACAUCAAAAAUCUGAACCACAAUCUAGAACGUCAUUAAAUCCUGAAAAGUGACGGAUUUCCUGGGAGAAUUGAAGAAGAAACUGAAAGAAUAUAUAUUUCAUAAUAAUAAUAAUUAUCAAUAUUGUUAUACUUAUUGUGUAAAUAAUUGUUUAAAGUGUUAAACUCUAAUUUAAAUUAAAUUGCUGCCUUUUAAAAAUUUAUAAAUCAAGGUUUAUUGUUUUAUGUUAUUUUAACUCAUUAAAGAGGUUAACCAUGUUUCAACUUAAUUUUUUCAUUUAUAUGAGAUGGAUUCAACUUAAAUAGGCCUAUUUAAAGUUUAAUGCAAUGUUUGCCAAGUUUGAUGUAAGGUUUAAAUUACUGACUAUGCGGAAAAACUCAUAUUGUCUCAAAUUGUCCAUAAUUUAUUAUUUAUCUGCAAAUAAAAUCUUUAUUGUGUUUGCUAA